ACAGGGUCUGGAGCAAGGAGCCGUCGGCGCUGUGAGCGGGAAAGAGUGCGGCUGGUGGCCUGCGUUGCACUCGGACCUGGGUUCGUAACCCGACCCAAGCCACCGCCUAUAAGGAGGGGAUGCCGGAGAGACGCCGAGGGAACUGGGGAAGAAGCCCGCCGCUCGCCCUGGAGAGAUGGAGCCGCCGCCGUUGCUGUUCCAGUUCAGAGUCCUCCUGAUGCAACUGCUGCUCGCCCACUCUCUCUUAGUUUUGCUUCUGCCGGCGGUGGCGCCCAUCUGUCCGGAGUCAUGCGACUGCCAGCAGCAGCAGCACGUCCUCUGCACCAACCGGGGACUGCGGUCUGUGCCCAAGGCCGCCGAGCCGCAGGACAUCCUCACCUAUAGCCUGGGCGGCAAUUUCAUUGCCAAUGUCUCGGCUUUGGACUUUCACCGCUUGGUGGCGCUGCAGCGCCUAGAUCUGCAAUACAAUCGGAUCCGUUCGCUCCAUCCGAAAGCCUUCGAGCGCCUGGGGCGUCUGGAGGAGCUUUACUUGGGCAACAACCUCUUGGCUUCCUUGGCGCCGGGCACACUCCGCCCGUUGGCUAAACUGCGAGUCCUCUACAUCAACGCUAACGAGAUCAGUUAUCUAAGCACGGCUUCUUUUGCUGGUCUAGGAAAUCUGAUCAAGCUGCGGCUGGACGGCAACUUGCUAGCCUCUCUGAGCGAUGCCACCUUUUCAGGACUAACCAACCUGCUGUAUUUGCAUCUGGAGGCCAAUCAGAUUCGUUGGCUGAGUCGUAAUGCCUUUGCUGGUCUUGGCAAGCUUCGCUUCCUUGACCUGUCUGGCAACCAGCAGAAUUUGCUGCGCCAUCCAGACACUUUCAGGUCUUUACGCUUGCUUAGCACCCUCCUGCUCUCUGGGAAUGACAUGCAACAGCUCGGGAAAGGACUCUUCCAACAUCUCUCCAAUUUGGCCAGGUUGUCACUGAGUGGAAACCGCCUGACGUGGUUGGCAGUGGAAGCUUUUGCUGGUCUGGGGUCAUUGAAAGAGUUGCACUUGGAAGGGAACCUGCUAAGCCAGCUGUCUGCCACCUUAUUUCAGCCUUUGCAAAGCUUGGAGGUGUUGGAUCUGAGUAACAACCUCCUCACUACCCUUCCUGCUGGCACCUUUAGUCCCCUAAAUAAGUUGCGGGAGCUCAGUUUGCAGGGAAAUGCCCUGGCCUCCCUGCCUGGAGACCUCUUUACCUCCAACUCAGCAUUGUAUCGCUUGGAAUUGGAUGGGAAUCCCUGGAGCUGUGAUUGCCAUUUGCGAGGGCUGAAGCAGUGGCUGGCAUCCUGGCAUUCCCAGGGCCGUCUCCUGACUGUGUUUGUCCAGUGCCACCAGCCACCUGCUCUGGCUGGGAAAUACCUUGAUUACUUAGAGGAUGUGCAACUCUUCUUGCUUUCUAAUGGCUCUUGUUUGGAAGGGUUAACAUCUGCAAGCCCUGGAGGCAAUGGUAACUCUAAUUUAGACCUGGGCCUGGAUAAACAGAGCUCCCCACCUUCUGCUUCAACUGGGUUGUUAACAGGGUCCCAGAAGAUGGUACCCGAAAAGGGAAGUUGGAAUGUAGAGACCAAUCCAACCACCCUAUUGCCCAACUUUCUUAUCAGUACUAGGUCUCCCUCUGUACUUGCUGCUGCCUGGCCUCGGCGAGCAGGAAAACACCACUUGGUCUCCUCAGUGUCUAGUACCCUUCCUCUGGUCACCGAUCCAUGUGAUUUUAACAAAUUGUUUCUGUACAACCUGACAGUGGAUACUGUCACUGAGAGUGCAGUGACAGUGCACUGGGGGGUCCGCCCUCACCGCAGCCCUCGCUUGUUAGGGCCAGUGCGGUUCAGAGUCCUUUUUGAUCGCUUUGGCGCUACCAUCAAGUUCCAGCGCUUUGUUUAUCUCCCUGAAUGGAAUGAGCCGGUAGCUACUCUGCGAGAAUUGCGUCCGGAUACCCCAUAUCUGGUUUGUGUGGAGGGAGUGAUGGGGGGCCGGGUUUGCCCAGUGGCACCACGGGACCACUGUGCAGGGCUGGUUACUUUGCCUGAAGAGGGUGUGGGAGCAGCAGUUGCUGCAAUGGCUGGGGGGACCCAAAGCUUGGACCAGCAGCUCCUCACCCUUGUGCUACUGGCGGUUAAUGCACUGCUACUCUUCCUGGCUUUGGCAGCCUGGACUUCCCGCCUGGUGCGGAAGAAAGUCCUAGGGUGCCGUCGGAGAAAGGCAGCCUCGCCAGUCCAUGUUAGGCAGAUGUAUUCCACCCGGCGGCCCCUCCGGUCCAUGGGGACUGGUGUCUCCACUGACUUUUCUGGCUUCCAGUCCCACCGUGCACCACGUAGUGCUGUUUGUGCCUUGCGUGAGGCUGACCUCAUUGAGUUCCCCUGUGAACGCUUCAUGGAUAGUAACACUGCAGGGAACAGCAGUGUUCUACGUGGAGAAGAUAAUUUGUUGCAACGGUUUGCAGACUAGAGAUAGGGCUCUAAGCUAAUUUGCAAGUAUGCUAUCAUGAAGUGGCUGCUGACAUUAUGAUUUAGUGAAGUCUAUGGGAAUGCAGCUUCUGCAAAGGUGCCCCCCCCAUAUUGCAAAAUUACAACUCCCAACAGCCUUAGUUAGCAUGGCAAAUCAUGAAGGGUACAGGAAAUUAUAAUUCAGCAAUAACUAUAUUUGCCCCUGUUUCUGAUCUUCCUAUCUUAUCUUUAGAUCUGCAAAAAAAAUGUAUAUAUAAAGAUGGCUGAUUAAAAAUGGGUAACUCCUAGAAUAAGAUAUACUAAAAAAAAAAUAAGAUAGCAAAAACGGUUUCCCCUGAAUUUACUGUUUACUUAGAUGAUUUGCUGUCUAUGAUUCUCUAAAAAAACCAUGAUUGGAGAGAUUAUGAUUUUCUAAAAAGAAUGGGAACCUACUACACUCUUAAAUUGCCAUAGUUGUGGCUAAAUGGGCAUUGAUCUCUAUUUGUAAAUUAAGUAGAUACUAAUAGAAAAACAAAUUUUAGUUGUCUAAUCAUCAGUUGCCAAAUAGAUACAGAAUCUAACAAUUCCUAACUUGUUGAUGUAACUCUGUAGCUACUGAGUAUUAUCCUUGGGUAAGAAAUGAACUAAAAUAAGUGGAAUCAAACAAGAAAAGGUACAGAUAGUUUUAUACAAAUGUUUGAAGCUGUACAAAUUUGGGGGCAUUUCAGGCUACAUCAGAUUCUUGCUUUUGCACCAUUUGUUUAAAACUGAUAUAAACAAGAUCAAGCCAGAAAAUGUUAUUUUCAGUGUCACUUGCCAAUAAAUAGAUCUGCAAAAAUCUGCCAUAAAAUGACAGUGAAGAGAUACAAAGAUGUAGCUCUUUGUUGUCAUUUCAUGGUUGUCUGCAUUUAUGGAGACCAGAUAUAAUAGCAUUAGAAAAUAAAUGCUGCAAAAAAUAUUUUCUACUUAAUACAUCCUAGACAGUAGAGAUAUAAUUUCUUCAGACACAUAAAGUUCUAUAAACAUGGAGCCUAAUGGUUGGAGCCUUUUGCAUGCUAGUUCUGACUUGGCUUUGCAAACAUUGAGAGUAACAGGAGAGGAAUCAGUAUAAUUAUUAUUGCGUCUAAAUAAAACUCUACUCAGAGAAGAGGCUGUUAAGUGUCACUCCCUUGAUAGAUAGCUGAGAAUCUCCUGGAUAUAACUCAAAGUACAAUUCAACUUUCGGUAAAUGCCUGUUGGCAGUUAGCAUCACUGGUAUUUCUAUGUCACUCUUAUCUAGAAUAUGUAUUUAGGAUGAGCCAGAUUUGCUUCUUGCUUUUCAAAAAAUGUGAACCCCAAUUACUACUACGAUGCAGGGAAUAUUCUUGAAUUUGUGCUAUUAGACACUGAUUUUUAAUUCUCAUCAGCUCUUCCAAAUUGUAGUUUUAGAUUAAAAAUAUUUUUUUCUAGAAGGGCUUUGAAAACAUGUUUAACUUGUGACCUAAGAAUGGUGCUUUUUUUAUACUGACCAGGGCUUUCUUUUAUUAAACGAAUGUAAUAAAUUUUAGUGUAUGUUUAUAUAACAUGUUAAAAUAAAUAAAUAAAAAGAUGAAGAAAGGGAGGAAGAAAGGAAGGAAGAAAUGUUGAUUUUGGAAAAUUCAGACGUCGACACUGCUAGGGAGUGGAAUCCUAAUCCAAUUUGUUAUAAUUUGUUUAGAAUUAUUUUUUACAGCGGUCUUAAAUAAAUACUUUUUGGUACUUCUACAGCUUUGCCUAUUUUUUAAAAAAUCUUGUUAUUCAUAAAUUAUUUUGGAUAGAGAUAUAGGAGCUUUCAGCUAAACUGGAGGAAGUAGAUUAUGUUGCUGUCCUAUGAUUGUUGUGCAGCAACACUAUUUUAUUUAUUCGUACUUUUAUACUAUCCUCCCCAAUUACAUAAUGAGCCACUAAACCCUGCUAGGUUUCUAAAAGGUUGCUGAAGGAAUUGGAAAAAUUUCCUUAUAGAAAAUACUUCUAUCCCAUUUGGAAGGAAUUCCCAGCCCCAUUCAGCAGAGGUUACUGGCCUAGUGAAAUGCAUUUUUGGAUAAAUGCAUAGGCUGCAAGAGGAGGAAAGAAUAGAGAAGCACACAUUGUGAUUUUCAUGAUAGAAAUUUUACUCUGUCUAUAAUGCCUUGGUAUGACCAUACUGUAUCCAGUUUUGGUCACCAUAAUGUUAAAAAGAUGUUGAGACUCUAGAAAGAGUACUGAGAAGAGAAACAAGAUGAUUGGGGACUGGAGCCCAAAACCGAUAAAGAGUAAUUGCUGGAACUGGCUAUGUCUAGUUUGAUGAAAAGAAGGACUAGGAAUGACAUGAUAGCAGUGUUCCAAUAUCUCAGGGGUUGCCACAAAGAAGGAGUCAAGCUAUUCUCCAAAGCACCUGAGGGCAGGACAAGAAGCAAUGGAUGUAAACUAAUCAAGGAGAGAAGCAACCUAGAACUAAGGUGAAAUUUCUUGAUGGUUAGAACAAUUAAUCAGUGGAACAACUUGCCUCCAGAAGUUAUGGAUGUUCCAACACUGGAAGUUUUUAAGAAGAGAUUGGACAACUAUUUGUCUGAAAUAGUAUAAGGUUUCGUGCCUGAGCAGGGGGUUGGACUAGAAGAUCUCCAAGGUCCCUUCCAACUCUGUUAUUCUGUUGUUUGGAGCACAGGAUAGACUCACUAGAUUCAUGCAUCUUUAAUCAUGACAUCACAUAUGCUGUAUAAACCCACCCAUGAAUGCCUAUAUGAUAUGCUAAUCCCAAGUAUUAGAGUUUAGUUUAAAAUGGAAACAAAAUAAAUAUUCAGUAAUAACUCAUUUUCAAGUGUAUUUCUGAUUUAAAUCUUAAUUUGAAGAAACACAAGGAGCUGAGUAUUGCAUUUUUUAAUGAAAUUAAUAUCUUGCAGUAUGUAACAUUGCUCCAAGACAAGAUAAAUUAUGUUUGUUAAGCAAGUUUAUAUGCCACCAAAUUCCCUAAAUUGACCCCAAGCAAAAAAAUACAUUUCAAACAACCCAUCAUUGAAUCUUUAAAGCCACUCUUAAUGGACCUUCUCAGAAAUGAACUAUGAGACAAAAGCUAAAAUUCUAAAUAUUGGCAAAUAAUAUCCCCGUGUGACUAAAAUUAUUUUAGUUAAAUUGGCAAUGCUGUUAAUCUAGGCAACAUUUCAGUUUCAGUAUAGAAAUGUAUAGAUUUGUUCUGAUAAUACUCCCGGGAAGACGUGAACAGGAACUAGACUGAAAUUACUGUCUAUGUUUGGAAUGUAGUGACUCCUAAUUGAAAUUUCAGAUUUCCAGUUGUUAAAUAAGAGAACCAAAAAGGUUCCCCAGCUUCAAAAUAAGAUUGCUGAUAUUAAAAAGCAUGAAAAACUGGAAUAUAGGGAAUAUAGAAAAACUGUAAUCGAUACUAAAAUACAUUUAUACUCAGAGAUAUUCUUGAGUUUUGAGUGCAAGACUUUGUUUUGCGCAUGAUUUCCAUUUUUGGAUUUUGACAUUCUAAAAAAAACUAUAUUGAAACUUGCUCUUUCCAUCCAUACUAGUAAAUAUAAACUUGGCUUUUGUGCUAAUUAGAUUAUCUGAUGUUAAUACAACAGGCUUUGUAAAUUCCAUGUGAGAUAAUGCUUGUUAGUCUCAAGCUUCACAAGACUUGCAGAGGAAAUCGUGGCUCUAUAGAGCUCAUGCGAACUCCAUAAACAAUUUUCCCAUUUUUCCUCUAAUCUGGCUACUCUGCAACUGUAUGAAUAAUAUUUUUAAUGGAGUCUGACAAAAAAGCUAUCCUAUCUUGAUCCUUCAUACUGGCUCUUAACUAAAGAAAAGUGAUACCCAUCACUUCAUCGUAUGUACAUUCAUUUAACUUUUUGGGACAGGGCGGUAUUACUUUUAAUUGAUUUUAUCAUAAUUUAUUUAUCUGAUUAUUGUGAUUCUCCCAGAAUUACUGAGAAUUGGGGAGUAUACAAGUUUGAUAAAUUAUUAUUAUAUUACCACUACUACCAAAAUAGACCAGCCAUCAGUGAUGAGAGGGCAGUAGAAGGAAUGUCAACAUAACAAAUUGCAACUUUCAUAAAUAUGGUCAAAGUUCUUGCCUCCCUCCUUCCCUUGAACAUAGUUCUGGCCCUAAGACAUUGUGCAAUGUUGCAUACAAAAUUCUAGUACUUCAUUGUAAUCAAACCUUGGGAACUACUGGUAUUCCUCACUUAACAACUGCCCUGUUUAAUGACUUCAAAAUUACAAAGCAGUGAAAAAAUAAUGUUAUGUCCAGUUGUCCCAUUUAUGGCAGUGUCCCAUGGUCAUGUGAUUGUCAUUUCUGCACUUCAUGGCUGAUUUCCAACAACCAGAGUCAAAGCUGGCAGUAAAAUCACAUCUUGAUUGUGUGAUAUUUCAAUGAUUUCCUUAAGAACCAUGGAAGUGAAAUCAUAAGUCCAUCAUAGGCAUAUGAUAACUAACUGCAUUGCUUAGCAGUUCCAACUAUAGUGAUUAAGUGAGUAUCUUCUGUUCAGCCUUAAAUUUAACUGUACUUCUGUGAGACAAUAUUCAUAAGGUCAAAAUCACUGCAUUCCAAUCAAAAUCAAUCGUUCAUUUGUUUACUCCUAAUGGACAGAAUCUUGCCAGACUAAAUCUAUACCCUUAUAUCUUGCUAGAUACAGCAUGAGAAAUUCUAGGGGUAACUAUGGCUACCCAGAAUACCUUCCUGCCUCCCUGGGACUGUGUAGUAUCUUAAUGUAACCCUCUUUCUGGAAAAGCUUUUUUGCCAAAACUCUCGCUCAUGGCUCCUCGAGGUACACAUUCCAGCUCAAUAGCUUUGGUUAUCUAAUGCUAAAGUUUAAACGUUGAGUAUAGGUAAGUAUGACCCUAUCCAAUCUGAUGCUCUUCCAUGUGUAUUGGGUUUCAAUAUUCAAUAUGGACAACCUAGACUCUUGUAUUAUUCAUAACACCCAUUUUCAAAAGAAAGAUGAUAUCUGUUUGCAUAUGCCAAUAAACCCCAAGGUUUCCAGAAAUGUAAAAUGUUACAGAUAAGUAAUUUAGUAAAGACUGAAUAUAUUCACCACAGCACAAUUAGUAAUGGAAAACUUGGCCUCAAAAUGAUAGUAUUUUUUUUUUUUAAAGGACAUGGCUAGAAUACAGA